UGAGGGGGGCUAUGUAUAGCGCUGGCCCGUGUGCUCUCCCAUUUGGACACUAGUGUUCGUCUGAGAGUCCUCCACCCCGGACAUCUCUGUUCACCGCACACGAUCAGCAGAGGCAGCGGCGAGGAAGAUGACGACGACGACGACAAGGAGGAGGCCCUUCAAGGUACCUGAGAUGGCUCUGAGGGUGUGCGUGAUCCCCCUCGCCUUGGCCUCCCUGUGGGAGAUGGCCACCAACAAGCAAGCCGAUGACACCUACGGGGAGAUCAGCUUCUCCAACCUCUCCGGCUUCAAGUAUUUAGUUUUCAUUAACGCUGUCACUGCCGCCUAUUCCGUGGUCUCCAUCCUGAUGUCAUCCUUCAAGUCCCUCGCUCGCUUCGAUUGGCUCAUUUUCCUCCUGGAUCAGGCGGCGGCGUACCUGCUGGUGACAUCGUGCUCGGCGGCGGCGGAGCUGGUGUACCUGGCGAGGGAGGGCGACCGGGAGGUGUCGUGGGGCGAGGUGUGCUCCUACUUCGGUCGGUUCUGCGGCAGGGCCACCGUGUCCGUGGCGCUGCAGGCUGCCGCGCUGCUCUGCUUCGUCGCGCUCUCCCUCGUCUCCGCCUUCCGGGUCUUCCGCGAGUUCGACGCCCCUGGUGCUCAUGUUGAUUGCUCGGGGGACUCUGACUCCAAGCAGGCGCAAGAGCAAGAGGAAGGUAGAUGAUGAUCCAUGAUGAGCAAUCGCUGAUAUUUGGACCAUCGUUUAUAUGUCAAUGGUUGGCGAUGGCGAUGGCUAUGGCGAUGAGUCCUUAGUUUUCUUUACGAAUGCUGAUUUCGGGAGGAGAAAUAUUGUGAAAUAAACUUUAUUGUUGUUGGGAAAGAUGAGAUUGUAUGCGACACACUGAUCACGUGCAAUUUGCACAUAUAUAUAGGUAUAAGAGUGCACGA